AUGACCCACAUUGAAUCUCUUAAAGAUAUAGUAGUAAAACAUGAUAUUAAACACAGAACUCUUGCGGUCUAUGGUUUGGAUGAUUUGGUGAAACAGGCUGACCACUACACUGUACCCAGUGAGAUAAGGGAGGAGGAUGUGGGACCAAUGCCUGACAUCUUAUUCGAGGAUAAUGAUCCUAGCUUUUGUUCUGUCUUUUCAGAUCAAAUUAAUCAUUCGAUGCAAACCCAAGCUACACAAGAGCCAUCUUUCAAUGCUAAGUUGUUAUCGGAAGGCGCUAUUCUAAGUAGUGAGUUCGAACAAGAAUUGCCCGAGGCUAUUCUUACAAGCGAUCAGAUACGAGAAUAA